AUGACGAAAGGUUGUGGAAUCUCAAAUGACAGCAAAUCUUCGCCAAGAGCCCAUGAUUUGACCAGAAAUGGCAACAUUGAUGGAGCUGGUCUUGGUGCGACCGGUUCUUAUGAGGAGAAGUAUGGUGAUGCUAUCGGGCAAACAACAAGCGACACCAACACCGAUUCCAUCGCCCCAAGGAACGCUGCGGAGAAUGAAAAAGUUCGGUCGAGCCUUGUCCGCAAGUUCGAUCACAGGCUGGUACCUGCCAUGUUCCUUGCACAUCUUCUCUUCUUCCUCGACAAGAGCAACAUUGCUCUCGCUCGCAUCAAUGGACUUGAACGAGACCUCAAGCUGGUUGGCAACCAAUUCAACACAGCUCUGGCAAUGUUCUUCAUCCUCAACAUCUUAUUCAAUAUCCCAGGAAACCUAGCCGUACGCCGCGUCGGAGGCGCAAUAUGGCUGCCGGCCUUGAUCAUCUCAUGGGGAAUAGUCACCACUCUCAGCGGCUUGAUCACCAACUUUGUGGGUCUCUGCAUUACGCGCGCUUUCCUUGGCUUGACCGAAAGCUCCUUUCUCGGUGGUGUGUUGAUCUAUCUUGGCUUCUUCUACACCGCCGACGAGCUCAUCCUUCGCAUGGGCUUGUUCUACUCGAGUACCGCCCUCGCUGGGUUCCUCGGUGGCUUGAUGGCUGCUGGAAUUGGACAGAUUAAGGUCCGUGGCUAUGACGGAUGGCCCUGGAUUUUCUUCAUUGAAGGGGCCUUGACCAUCUUGCUUGGCGUUCUGCUACUGUUCACUUUGCCGCACACACCUGCCGACGCCAGAUUUCUGUCACCAAACGAAAAAACGCUCGCUGUUGCGAGGAUGCAAUGUCAAGAUCGAUGGCACUAUCUCGGUAAUCCUCGCCUAUCCGAUCAAGAAUCAGCAGGAGAAGACGGACAAGGUGGCAUGUUGAGGCUCCGGAAUAAGAAGGACCCCCUUACCUGGAAGAUUAUCCUAGGAGCAAUGGGCAAUGUCAUCACCAUUCUGAUGGCUCUCGGCAGCUUCUGCUCCAUCCAGGCCAUCUACAGCUUUUCCAUGUUUCUCCCAACGAUUAUUUCUGCCAUGGGGUACAGAAAGCUCCAGGCAUCAUUGAUGACGGCCCCGCCGAACUUUGCGGCCUUACUCUUCACUAUUGGCAUCUCCUUCUGGAGUCGUCGGUCUGGAAAGACUGCACUGCCCUUGAACGUCUGCAGUAUGACCGGCAUUCUCGGGUACAUCAUGAUGAUCGUUGGUGCCCACGUCGGUCCGGCACCAUCUUACAUGAACAUCAAGAUUCAGUACGCAGGCUCAUUCUUCGUCGCCAUGUCAGUCAACGCAACACCCCCUCUGGCACUCACUUGGAUGAGCAUCAACGCAUCUCCGCACUAUGUACGUGCCGUUGCUUUGGGUUUCUUACUGUCGAUUGGAAACUCGGCUGCUUUCCUCGCUUCCUUCACCUACAUUAAAGAUGAAGCACCCAGAUAUCUCAAAGGGCACUUCAUCAACUUUGGCUGCCUGGUUGGGUUAUUGGUGAUAGGAAUUGUUUUGCCCCUGUACAUGAAGCAAGAGAACAAAAGAAGGUCGCGAGGAGAGCGCGACUUUCGACUAGAUGAGAGUCAUAGGGACGGCCUAUCAGCAGAAGAGCAUGAGUUUAGACUUGGAUGGAUGCAUCCCAGUUUCCGUUUCAAGUUCUGA